AUGUCGCACACCAAGGUUGCGCCGCCGCCGCCGCCGGCCCCGGCUGCCGCGUACUACCAAGACGACGAGCCGGUGGAGGAGAAGAAACCCCUGGCAAACAACGGCCGGGGGUUGGUCCUCAAGACUCACUGCGAGUUCCCGGCCAUCGGAAGGGGCGCGUUCAGGGACAGGUUCGCGGUGCUCGUCCAUGCCAGGGCGCCCGCCGACGUGGCGCGCGCGCCGCUCGACCUCGUCACCGUGCUCGACGUCAGCGGCAGCAUGAAGGGCCAAAAGCCGGCGCUGCUGAAACAGGCCAUGGCCUUCGUCGUCGAUCAACUCGGCCCCGCCGAUCGCCUCUCCGUCGUGUCCUUCUCGGGUCGGGCGGCCCGCUUGACCUGCCUCGCGCGCAUGUCGGACGCGGGCAAGGCCUCGGCGAAGCUCGCGGUGGACUCCCUUGUUGUUGAGUCGGGCACCAACAUCGGCGAGGGCCUCCGUGUGGGCGCCCAGGUGCUCGUCGGCCGCCGGCACAAGAACUCCGUCGCCAGCAUGAUCCUUCUCUCCGACGGCCAGGACUCGCGCCUCAGGGCAAAGAGGUACAUGGACCUUGUGCCGCCUUUGUUCGUGCUCGCUGGUAGCCGGCCCGGGCCGGUCCACACGUUCGGCUUCGGCGCCAACCACGACGUCGCGGCAUUGCACACCAUCGCGCAGGCCACGGGCGGCACCUUCUCCUUCGUCGGGAACCAGGCGGCGAUCCAGGACUCGUUCGCGCAGUGCAUCGGCGGGCUCCUGUCGGUCGCCGUGCAGGAGGCGCGCAUCGCCGUCACGUGCCUGCACCGAGGCGUGCACGUCCAGGAAGUCAAGUCGGGCUGCUACGGCAACCACGUGGACGCCGAGGGCCGCGCCGCCUCCAUCGACGUCGGAGAGCUCUACGAGGACGAGGAGAGGCGCUUCUUGGUGCUGGUGUACGUGUCGAGAGCCCGGCCUGCGGAGUCGGUCACCCGCCUGAUCAAGGUGACCUGCGGCUACAAGGACGCCGCGACAGGGCAGGCCGCAAACGCCGCCGCACCCGCGGCGGUGAUCCAGAGGCCGCUGGAGCUGACCGACAUGUCGCCUCCGUGCAUGGAGGUGGAGCGGGAGCGCGUCCGCCUUGCCACGGCCCAAGACAUCGCGGCCGCACGGGAGGCAGCUGAAGGAGGGCAACACGCUGGCGCGGCGCGGAUACUGGACUCCCGGCUAAAGGCGGUGGAGCGGUCGGCGCCUGGGAUGGCGUAUGAUCCCACGUGUGAGGCGAUCAAGGAGGAGCUGCGCGACCUGAGCGCCCGCGUGGGGGACCGGCGGGAGUACCAGCAGACGGGGCGCGCAUGCCUGAUGGCUGGCAUGAGCUCGCACGUGCAGCAGCGCGCCUCGGCGGUGGAGCUGCAGUCGGCGAAAAAGGCCCGGCCGUACCUGACUCCCAUGAUGGAGGAGAUGGUGGAGACGUCGCGUGAGCAGAGCAGGAAGCGUGGCAGCAGCAGCACCGACGCCGGAUCCAGCCAGCUUAAUAAACAGAUCAAGCAAGACCUGACAGAGGAUUAAUUUCUCUGCCAAACCUAGUCAAACAAGAGGCCGACUGAUUUAAUUAUAUAUAGAAAAGGGGUGGUGCGUUGCAACGGAAGAAAAAAAAAUCAUAAUCUUCAACGACGAUAACCAUAUUUUGUUCACAUCUUAUCGUAUGAUUUUAAAAACUUGUUCACAAAUGCAAGAAAAUGUUUUUUUAAUUUUAUUCACAAUUUGAAGCAAUGUUCACAUUUUCGAAAAAAUGGCGUGGUUGUCAAAAAACUUGGCAACUCAAAGAAUUAUUCUGAAUUUCAAGAAACGUUUUUUUAAACAUACUAUAAUAUUCCAAUCCAGCCUGGCAGAUAAUUCUUCAAAAUUCAAGCGGGUAUAUAGUCACAAAAACUCAGAAGCAUUACUGUUUAACUACAUACUUUCGAUCAUUCGUGAACAUUUUUUAUAAAUAUGGGAACAUUUCUAAAAAUCGUGAACAUUUGUUACUAGUUACAAACAUUUUUCUAAAAUUGUGAACAUUUUUCUAUAUUGUGAACGGUUUUUAAGCAUUUUCUUUUGAAUCGGCGAACAUUUCAUUCAAAAUUGGUGGAUUUUUUUUAAAAAUUCACAAAC